AACUUAUGUAGAAUUUUAAUAUUUUUUGAUUUUUUGAAGGGCAUUGCUCAGUAUAUAUUAAGCAAAUGAAUUUAUCGAAAGUUUACAUUAGUUCUUCAUCAUGUCAAAGCUAUCGUUCUUAUUGUUUUUGACACUUUUCGGAUUAGCAUUUGCAAAUCCGUUACUUAAUUUUAAUGAACCAAAAUUGAAUCCUCGUAUUGUCGGUGGACUUACCGCAAAAAAAGGACAAUUUCCAUAUCAAGUAUCUUUACAACAUUCAAGGUAUGGUCAUUUUUGUGGAGCUUCCAUCUUAAACGAAAAAUGGAUAUUAACAGCAGCUCAUUGCGCACCAGAAUUAAGCACCAGUGUUGUUGUUGGAGUAUUUGAUCUUUCUCAAUUUGAUGAAAGCACUGUAAAACAUAAGAUCAAUAAAGUUAUUAUACAUCCUCAAUUUAAUCAAGGUUUUCCAAUGCGCAAUGAUUUAGCUUUGAUCAAAAUUAACGAAACAAUAACAUUUUCCAAUGUUGUACAAUCAAUUAAAUUACCUCCAAUUGAUUUAAAUCAUGAUGGUAUACCCGUUAUUGCUUCUGGUUGGGGCAAAUUACAAGUAGGAGGCGUUCGACCACAACAAUUGCAAUAUUUAGAAAGUAAAGUUUAUGAUCAUGAAGCUUGCGUAAAACGUGUGGCUACAACUCUUCCACCCAUUGGAGAAACACAAAUUUGCACUUUUACAAAAGCAAAACAAGGAUUGUGUCACGGUGAUUCCGGUGGUCCAAUUGUCAUUGGUAAUUAUCAAGUUGGAAUUGUUUCAAUGGGAUAUCCAUGUGCUCAAGGAUAUCCUGAUGUAAAUACUCAUGUUUGGAAAUAUGUUGAUUGGAUAACAACUACAAUGGAGGAAAAUUAAGUUAUACAUGUUAAUUUUUGUACAUUACAUUGUUUUGUCUGUAUUUUUACUCAUUUUUUUACUAAAUAAAAAAUAUCAAAAAAAAAAAAAUUGAAAUAUAA